UAUGUUUAUUCUAUCAUUGUACGUAAUAUAGUGUAAUAUGUACGUGUAUGUUAGUUAAAAACAGCUGAUGCUUUCAUUUUGACGUUGUAAAGAAAUAACUGUCUAACUAUAAAAAAUAAAUGUCACAUUAAAGUAAUCUUAUAUUAAUAUAACUAACAUAUGUAUAGGUUCAACGUGAAUGUUAAUCUACAUUGAUCUCCGGUAUAUAUGCACGUGUAAUAUCUUUUAACCGUAUUAGUUAUUUGCGAAUUAUGGCUAGUUCGAUUAGUACUACUGCAAAUGGAUAUAAUUUUAAAGUGGUAUUACUUGGUGAAGGAUGUGUGGGCAAAACUUCAGUAGCAUUACGAUACGUCGAAGAUAAAUUUAAUGACAAACAUGUUACUACAGUACAAGCAUCUUUUUUAAAUAAGAAGUUAAAUAUAAAUGGUAAAAGAGUAAAUUUAGCAAUAUGGGAUACUGCAGGACAGGAAAAGUUUCAUGCAUUAGGACCAAUUUAUUAUAGAAUGUCUAAUGGUGCCAUUUUAGUUUACGAUAUUACAGAUGAAGAUACUUUUCAAAAGGUUAAAAAUUGGGUAAAAGAACUUAAAAAAAUGUUAGGCAGUGAAAUUUCUUUAGCAAUUGCUGGCAAUAAAGUAGAUCUGGAAAAGGAACGAAAUGUUUCAAUAGAAGAAGCAGAGGAAUAUGCCCAGCAAGUUGGUGCUAUGCAUUUUCAUACAUCUGCUAAACUAAAUCAAAAUAUUGAACAGAUGUUCUUAGACUUAACACGUAAAAUGAUACAACAUGCUGAUGAAGUAGAACAAAAGUCUUGUUUGCAAAGGACUAGCAGUACACGUCGUAAUGUUGUGGUAGUUGAAGAUGAAUCUGAACAAAGUCGACCAGCAAAAAGUUCUUGUUGUGGCAGUUCUUCCCAAAAUUCGUAAAUGAAUAUCUUUAUUUUUGGAACAGCUUUAAUUUCAAAAAUAAUUAUAUCUAUAAAUACAUAUGUAUGUAUAAAUAAAAUAAUAUAUAUAUAUAUAUAUAUAUAUAUAUAUAUAUAUAUAUAUAUAUAUAUAAUGUAUAUAAAAAACAUUAGCUUUUUGCCAUAUGUCAAAUAUUGUUGUAUUUAUCAUUUUAAAGAUAGUAUCUUUUUAACUAGAUAUUGAGUGCAAAAUAUAAAAUGUGCAGAUCUUGAAAGAUUUUGAAUCUAAGAACAAAUACAUAAGUAUCAUAAAAUGUUGUAAGUUUCAUAUAAUGUUGUAAUAUUGUGCUACACAUGCAAGUAUACAUUAUGCAUUUAAUGUUUUAAAAAUAUCAUGUAAUGUACAUUGUUAUACCUACAUAAAUUUUUUAUUACAA